UCUCCAUCUCUAGCUCUUUCCCCUUCUCGACGUCACUCUAAGGCGUUCUUAAAGCCGUUUGCUCUCUCUCUCGCAACUUUCAUAGUCGCUCGUUACUGCCGCUAUACUAUAGGCUAUUUUUUUCAGAAUGCCUAGCUUCACCCUCACUCCCCUUGCCGUUGCCGUCGGUGCGGCCGUUUUUGCUCGGGCUCAGCAGAGUACUUUCCCUGCUACCCCACUUGCCAGCAAGCACUAUGCUUAUCCCUCUGAAAUUCCCUACAAAGUGGACACAGAUACCAAUCUCGUUCGCGGCCAACAGCUGGGUUAUAACAUUUGUAACUCUACGACUGAAGGCCAGAGCUCCCUUUGCCAGACGUCUUUCCUCAACCAUAUUGAUGAUUUCUGCCUCUGGGCUCCACCCGAAGCAAACUCCUUAAUCGCCGAUACUGAGGGUGAAGAAGUUGCUUGGUGCACGAAGCCCGGCAAGGGUACUCGUAUUAUCCCUCCUGGCGCGCUUCAGGGCGUCCAGUACAUGCGCACGCCUGACUACCUCCAAGUCGUCGGUUUCAUUGACCAAUCCAAAAUCAAUAUUAAAUCCGGUGACUUCGGAGGAGAACUUGAUCCCCAUGGUGCUGACUUGCGGGGUAACCCGAUGGGUGGUCUUGUGUACUCGAAUGCCUUCAACGCCAGCAAUGGUGAUAAUAACACCUAUAUCCAGGCUAUUGAAUGGCACAAUUUCAUGGGCGGUGAAGUGUUCUGCUUCAAGGUUUGUGAUCCAGCUGGGCAACAUGCCGCAGACUACUGCCAGCACAUCUUUGAUCGUAUCGGAUGUGCCUACAAUGCUCCGAACGCUGCCAAGAACGGUACUUUCGAGGCUUGCUUGGGUGACAACCAGGACUUCCCAGGUGUUUAUACAUCCAACGGCCAAGUCAUGACGUUCACUCAGCCUGCCGAGUCGCUUGGCCCAAUUACCACUAUUCCCUAUACCCCCGUCGUUCCUGCCUCCUCUAGCUGCACGCAGUUCCAGUCGGCCGAGCUCUUCGCUUCCGCGGCCUCGUGGUACAACGAGCACGUUUCCUCUAGCGCAACGGGCACUGCUUCUGGUAGCGGUAACACUUCCGGAGGCACUGCGACGCGUUCAGGUAGUGAUGCAAGCAGCACUGGUGGUACUAACGCUGCCGGUGUCAGCGCACGCUCGAUGUUGGCAGGAGCUGGCAAUGGCGCCGGUGCCGGUGCAGUGAUUGCUUUCAUGGGCAUGCUCACUGCUGGUUUGAUCAUCGUGUAAACAUUCAUCUUAUCCGUUUAUGUCUUGGUUGAUGAUAUGUUACGCGACUUUCUGGACAUGUCCUGGCUGGACUCUUUCUUUCUUUUCCCUUCCUAUCACCGAUCCGCAUAACACAAGGACUAUUGCACACUGGUACGAUGCGUUUGAUAGUUUGUUAGUUGUUGAGCCGUAAGCCGACAUUUACAUUCCCAUUUCUCCUUUGAAUCUUUCUUUGGUAAUAUCCUUGAUUUUAAUGCGCAAUUUUUCUCCGGUUUUUGGUUGUGGUUGUGGUUUUGUGGAUGUUGAGUUUAAGUCGCGUAGUAUGGCAGCCGGAUCAAAAUACCAUUUUCCCUUUAUGCGAUUACAAAUGCCCGUUUCUCGACAAAUGUACGCCAGGCACGCGCGAACCUUUUUGCUCGAGAGUUUUCCGAGCCCAAGCGUUGCAAUACGUACAGCCGAGCCGAGCGCUACGUUGUUAGUGCGUCGCCAAUUUACGCUCAACUUACAAAGGCUCCACUUUUCAGUCUUGUCUUGUGUUUUCCGAGUUCUGCA